AUCAUCAUCAUUAUUCCAGCUCCCUCUCUUCCCUCUCAGCUCUCCGAGUUUUUUGCCUUUGUCGUUCCGGCUCAACAGCCAGUGGAGGUUCUUCAGCCCUCUGCUCUCCCAUCGUCAUCCCUCUGCUGCAGACGUCAGUGGAACCUUUCCAACUGCUCUGACAUUCAGGUUAAUCUGAUUAACAAGCUUUCCUCUGAUACUCCUCCUGGUCAAUGACUGCUGCCAUGGAGACUCCUUUCUACCAUGACGACUCCCCCUCCGUUCCCAGUUUCAGUCGAAUUGCUGAGUACGAGCGAUUCCCUGGCAGUAAGAUGCUGAUGAGUAAGAAGGCCAUGUCUGGAGGUCAUCACUUCCUCGCCGGUAAUUCAGCAACAGGGCGGAGUGGAAACCACAGUGGCUUGAUGACAUCAACCUCAUCAUCUACAGCACCUCCUGCAGAUAUGAACCUGCUGAAGCUGGGGUCACCUGACCUGGAGCACCUCAUCAUCCAGUCUAAUCAAGGAAUGGUCACCAGCAGCCCAGUAUCCAACUCCAGCAACCCCUUCAUCUACCGCAACCAGGCCACCAACGAGCAGGAAGGGUUCGCAGACGGCUUUGUUAAAGCCUUGGCAGACCUCCACAAGCAGAACCAGCUGGUGGGAGGAGGACACAUGUCCCCAUCCUCGUCUUCCACCGUCUCCCUGCAGGGGUCUUACCAGAGGAACCUGAUGUCCGGAGGAGAGAUACCCGUCUACACCAACCUAAACAGCUACAACCCCGGACAGACUCCUUAUUCUGGUGGGCAGAUCCCGUAUGGUGGAGGUUCAGGGCAUGGAGGAGGUGGGGGCCCCCACACCCACACCCGAGGUUUAGAUGCCCCUCAGACUGUCCCGGAGGUCCCCCACCCAGCAGGGGACCCCACAUCUCCACCUUCUCUCUCUCCCAUCGACUUGGAGACGCAGGAGCGCAUCAAAGCAGAACGGAAGAAACUUCGGAACCGUAUCGCUGCAUCUAAGUGCCGUAAGCGGAAACUAGAGCGGAUCUCACGGCUCGAGGAGAAGGUGAAGGUCCUGAAGAGUCAGAACUCUGACCUGGCCUCCACCGCCACCAUGCUGCGCCAACAAGUUGCUCAGCUCAAACAGAAGGUGAUGAGUCACGUAACCAACGGCUGCCAGAUCGCCGUGGCAACUGGAUCUGCCUCCAAAUCAGGAGGAGGAACCGGCAGUGAGGAGUCCAGCUGCUGAGAGGGAUGAGCAGGAGAUCAACAGUGAAGGUCUGAGCUGGGGCGGCUAAAGGUUUGGACUCCCAUGGCGUUAUGCUGAGUCUGCUGAAACAGAAGAAACGUGUCGGAAAUCCUGAAUCUUUACUGGGAUCAACAGCCUGACAGGAAGAUGAUAUGAAGAUAAACCAGCAAAGAUCAGGAGGACGGAUGAAUCCCUUCAGAUCUUUGCAAUGUGAGAGUCGGACAUUAAUACGUUUCAGCUCCUCUUU